AUGAGAGGGGAGACAGAGGAGACAUGUCGGUGUCCAUGGGGCACGGCGGUGAAGGGGGAGGCUCCAGAGGCAAGUGACGGACAGUUCGCGGGCAGCGCCAGGGACAGUGUGAUGUGUGGGGACAACUACGGACAACUGCCAGUUGCCAUGCGCCUUGUACCGGACUCGACAUUGUUACCAGAGUUUGCCGGAGAACCACAUGAGAAUCCUAGGCCAUUCGUCAGGGUGUGCAAAGCCAGGCUGCGACACGUGUCAAACGACAACUGGGUUGACAAAGUGUGUGGACAGCUACGAGGCGGGGCGUGGACGUGGUGGACGGACACGGGAAGCUAUGUGGUAGAGUGGGAGGAGUUCGUAAAAUUGCUUGAGAGACGUUUUGACGGGCAGUCAGCACGAGUCAGUUGUCAACAGAUGUUGUACAGUGAGAGGCAGGCUGAGGGCGAGGGCGUCGAAGCUUUCAUUCAUAAGAAGGUGCGCCUGUACCGCCACCUGGAUCCAGAGGGCUCUACUAGUGUAAUUAUGCCAGUGAUUUGUGAACUCUUAUUGGCGGACUUGAGGCCAUUUAUGCGAGGUGCCACGGAACUGGACUUGUCGGAAUUCGUGGAAAGGGCGCGUGAGGUGGAAGCAGAUGUACAGGCGAGUAGACUCGGAAGUGGACAUCAGAGGACCCACCGCGAACCACGAGCGGCGACUGUAGUAACACCGGAGGACGCUUUGGCAGUAGUCCCGUACCAGACACCGACCAGCAGCCGCGGUGCGAGGACGCCGACGGCACCUAGACCAGGGACAGCAGCCAGGGGGGACGAACCACGGGCGAACAGGGAACAACGAGGAGGCCGACCACCUCGCUGCCAGUACUGCCGCAGCACAGAAUACCAUUGGCAUGGGGAGUGCCCCACUCGUGCAGCCGUGUGGGCCAAGAUGGAGCAGGAGGGACACAGUCCGGGAAACUCCCAGUCCCCGACGAGGAGCGGCGUGCGGACAACAGUACCACUGGCCAAGACACUACCGACAGCACCACUGUCCCCGCCAACCAACUUGGCGCGGAUGGCUGUGGCAGACACCCCGCGCAGCAGCAGCAACGCAGCAAGGGCCACUGCCCCCCACGCCGCGUCACCUGGCGACGUCCAGGCCCUAUCAGGGGCGGCAGCAGCGCCAGCGGUGCGUGAGGCAGAGCCAGCCAGCCUGGGCAGGCUGGGCAGCGACGGGGCUGCACUUCUGCGGGUGCCUGUCCGCCUGAAUGGGCGACCCAUCCACGCCUUGGUGGACCCGGCGGCUACCCAUUCCUACGUCGUGGCUCACCUGGUGGAGGAGGGGAGCUGUCAGCCGGAGCGGGAGGAAGUCCUGCUAACAACGGAGGGAGCCAGCGCGCCCACGUCUGGGCGCGCCCAGGUAAACAUCGAGAUACGUAACCAGUGCAGUCGGAUCACCUGUCUAGUGAUGCGGAACUUACGGGAGGACCUGAUCUUAGGCCUCCCGUGGCUGAUCCAGGAGGAGGCGAGCAUCAACGUCAGUGAGGGUAAGCUACAUGUGGGAAGGCAGGGCCGCAGAAUGGUGUACUGCGUCGGCCGCCCACAAACCCCAGUUCCCCACACACCUAUCAGACUCGCGGAAAUCCGCAAUGAAGUUCCACAGGAGUACCAGGAGCUGUUCGAGGAUGUGCUAGCCCAGCAGCCGGGGGUAUUCGCCACCACUGAUUUGCUGAGGCGGACCACGGUAGCGGAACAUAGUAUUCCAACCAAACCACACACCCCGAUUUUUGUCAAACCUCACGGCUUUGGAACCAAGGAACGACAGGUCAUUCAGGAGCAGAUUGAUGAAAUGCUCCAGAAUGGCAUUAUCGAGCCUAGCGAGGGGCCCUAUAACAGCCGGGUCGUCAUGGCACGGAAAAAGGAUGGGACAUUGAGGUUUUGUGUUAAUUUUAAAGCCAUAAAUUCUGUCACCAUUCUGGCCCCACCUCCGUUAAUAAAUAUCACAGACGCUCUGGCGGGUCUUGGCGAUGCCACCAUCUUUUCAUCCCUCGAUUUGAAGUCGGGAUAUUGGAGGGUGCCUCUCCGCCCAGCAGACCGCCCAAAGACAGCCUUCACUGCUCCCGACGGCCGCAGGUUCCAGUUCUGCCGGCUGGCGAGGGAUGGGCUGACCUUCGCACCGCACAAGUGCCGUCUGGGGGCGAGGGAGCUUCAGUUUUUGGGACACCUGGUCAACGCGGAGGGGUGCAGGCCUCUCCCAGAGCAUCUUGACCUGAUCGCCGCGAAACAAGCCCCCCGAACGAGAAAGCAGCUGCAGCGGCUGCUAGUCACAGCCCCUAUGACAGACUUUUUAUCGCCCAAGACUAAGUAUCGCUGGACGGCGGAGGCCGACCACGCCCUGAACACGGUCAAGCGCCUGUUCAGGGAGAGUCAUACCCUGGCACGUUUGCGGCCGGACGAGCCCCUGUACUUGCAGACGGACGCAAGUCAGGUCGGUAUGGGGGCCAUCCUAUAUCAGCUGGGACCCGAUGGUGAGCGACGGGUCAUUGAGUACGCGAGCGCGAAGUUCGGCCCAGCAGCACGCAGGUAUGACGUGAAUGAACAAGAGUGCUUGGCCGUGGUGUGGGCGGGAAGGAAGUCUAAGGCCCGAAUUCAGAGUUGA